GAGUUUAUUCAACUUUACAAAAAGUUAAUUUGUGUUAAAUAUGAAUUUCAAGAAAUUGUUAACUUCGUUAAGCCCGACCAAGGGUCAAAAAGAAAUGGCCAUGGCCUUUGUGCCAACAGCCGCCACAUUCGGUAUGGCAGGUCUCCUGACACUUAUCUACUUCACCGACUGGCGCCUUGUCACCAACUACAUUCCCCUCUAUAACACCAAGUACCCGAAGGAGCCGCAGAAAUGAGGCAAGCAGCGUUUCCCUUGUUUUCUAAUUUUUAAUGUCUCCUACAAUUUGUUAUCGUUUCGUCCACGUUUUAUUUGGCUUCUUCUGAAGGUCUACCAAUUGCACAAAUAAACAGUCGGAUUUUUCCAAAA